GAUUUAUUUAUUUUCAGAUGAAGUCUAAAUGAUAAAAAGCAUUGACUUUGGUUUAACACUAUAACCUGUAGCAAGAAAAUAUACAACGAGGAAACAAUUGAACUGUAGAGAAAUAAAUUUUGAUUUAAUUAAUAUAAAAUAUGAAAUAAAAAAUAAAAAAAACCGCCGAAAAAUAUUCAAUACUCAUUUAAGUCUUACAAGUAUAGCUAAAAACAGAACAAUUUAAAAUCUCGAGACUUUACUAAUUCGCAAAUUCAGUGUUCUGCUACUAUCUACAUACUCACCUUCACAUAUCAAAGGGGAAGCUCACACUUUCCAACGGUAACCACCUUUUCCUUCACUAAACACCUACGAAUCCCAAUAUUAGCUCGUGUUGUUUUCUAUUUAUUUUUUCUUUUUGCAUUCAAACAGUUCUUUCCUUCGAUAGAUCCAGUUACACCAACAUACGCAAAACAUUCACAUCAAAAUGUCUCAGCUGGAAAUUGUCAACUCUGCUCUCGCUGAACUGAAAAAGUAUCCCGUAAAGCAUGACUUUGAAACACGUCCUGCUAUUCCGGGUCCAUUUACCAACACGGUAAAGCUGGAGCUUCCUAAAGCAACCUUCCGUUAUGUUGAGAGAAAAACAUCCAAACAAGGUUCAGACUCUACCGGUGUCACGAUUCGUCGUAUCGCUACUUCGGAUGUUCAAAACGUAGACAUCUCCUCUCAUUCUACUGUGUAUCAAUUAAAGGAGCAAUUAUCAAAUUCUUUUCACAUUCCGUUAGCUAAUGUCAAGCUUCUUGUUGAGGGCAAAUUACUAGCAGACACCUCUGUACUCGACGACGUGCUUGUUAACACUGAGGUUAACGACAUUCAACUCGUAUUAGUUCAGUAAUUAAUACUGAUGUAUCUAUGUCGCCUUUCUCGGACAUUUUUAUUAACGUAUCCCAUCGUCCUUUACCAACGCGUCCUUUUCCUCUCCCGCAUAGACCGCUCGCUGCCUGCUUUCGGGUUUUUGGUGGUGAACAAGCGGACCGGAUACCUUGGAUGUCCACACCAUAGUAUAAUAUAUUCAAUAGGGAAGCGUUUUCGUCCAUUUAAAA